GUAAAGGAUGAGGGUGCGAUCAAGUUUGGCGCGUCCACGCAGAGCAAGGCCCAAGGGAGGAUAAAAGCGUAAGGUGGUUGAAGUUUUAAGCAUUUGACUUCGGCGUCUUCGUCAUCGUUGGCGGUUUCUCCUGCGUGCAGGUGCAGGUGGAGAGAAACGAACUUUUAAAAACCUCUGACCCAUACCCCUUCCCCAUUUUCCUUUUCGAUCGAUCUAUCUAUCUAUCUUCUCGCGCCACCUUCCUUUGGAUCUUCUUCGCUACGCUAAUAUUCCCUUCAUGGCCACGGUUUCUCCUCUCGCCAAGUACAAGCUCGUCUUCCUCGGCGAUCAAUCCGUUGGCAAAACUAGCAUUAUCACCCGCUUCAUGUACGACAAGUUUGAUACCACCUAUCAGGCUACAAUUGGAAUCGACUUUUUGUCCAAAACAAUGUACCUUGAAGACCGAACAAUUCGGUUGCAGCUUUGGGAUACUGCUGGACAAGAAAGAUUUAGGAGUCUUAUUCCGAGUUAUAUAAGAGAUUCCUCUGUCGCAGUAGUAGUCUAUGAUGUAUCUAAUAGACAAUCAUUCUUGAAUACUACCAAGUGGAUUGAGGAGGUACGAACAGAACGGGGCAGUGAUGUGAUAAUUGUUCUUGUUGGGAACAAAACUGAUCUUGUUGAUAAAAGGCAAGUUUCAAUCGAAGAAGGUGAUGCCAAAUCUCGCGAGUUUGGAGUCAUGUUCAUAGAAACUAGUGCCAAAGCUGGCUUCAAUAUCAAGCCUCUCUUCCGUAAGAUUGCUGCAGCGCUGCCAGGGAUGGAAACUCUGUCUUCUACAAGGCAGGAGGACAUGGUUGACGUAAAUUUGAAGCCUGCAGUGAAUUCAUCCCAUACGGAACAGCAAGGAGGAGGUUGUGCGUGCUAGAGGAUAUGUAAGUUCAAUACAUAAGAAAAAUGCUGCAGAAAUGAAAUAGUAAACGCAAUCAUUCACCGGUGAGUUAGUUCAACAAAUUGACAUCCGAAAUUUUCUAACGAUAAGAUGUUUGUAAUAUUGUAUGCCAUUAGAUUCUUUUUGCGUUCCCUACGAACAAAA